AUGGACAGUGAUAGGACAAGCAACAACACCCUGUCAGAUGGUGCUAGAAAUGGUAUACGAAGAGCUCGGCCUUUACACGGGAGAACAAGUGGCCCAACACGGCGUUCCACAAAGGGACAAUGGACUGCGGAAGAGGAUGAGAUAUUGCGAGUGGCCGUGCAACAGUUCAAAGGAAAAAAUUGGAAAAAGAUAGCGGAACGUUUCAAGGACCGAACAGAUGUGCAGUGCUUACAUAGGUGGCAGAAAGUUCUCAAUCCAGAUCUCGUUAAAGGUCCAUGGUCUAAAGAGGAGGAUGAAAUAAUAAUUGAAAUGGUGAAGAGAUAUGGGCCCAAAAAGUGGUCUACUAUUGCACAGCACCUUCCUGGUCGUAUAGGAAAGCAAUGCCGAGAAAGGUGGCACAAUCAUCUGAAUCCCAACAUAAACAAAGAACCCUGGACACAAGAUGAGGAGUUGGAUUUGAUUCGUGCCCAUCAAAUUCACGGCAACAAGUGGGCAGAGUUAACCAAGUUUUUACCUGGAAGAACGGACAAUGCAAUAAAAAAUCAUUGGAAUAGUUCGGUCAAGAAGAAACUGGACAUGUAUUUGGCUUCGGGAUUGCUCUCUCAGUGCCAAGGUCUUCCGCUCGUCCCACAUCAGUCAGCAGCUGCUUCAUCCUCCCUGAAGGCUCCACAAAGCAGUGAAGAUGAUAGUGUCGUUAAAUGCGGACUGGAAUUAGAGGAAGCAUCUGAGUGCAGUCAAUCUUCAGCUUUCGUUUUCACCUCAAUAUCUAGGCCAACUAAUAAUAAGACAGUAGCACCACAAACAAAUGCUGCAACUGAGGAAUUGAACUCAAUUCCAAGCUCAGGAGAUUACCAUCCUCCGUUUCAAGAAGAUGUGUUUGCCGAACAAUUUCCUGAAAGUGGGUUAUCUCUGGAUUGGGGUGCUUUCAUGGGGAAAAACUGGCAAUUUAAUCCUAAUGAGUUACCAGACAUGACAUUGCUUGACCUGGGGCAAGAUUCUGGAAUGUUCUUGAGUAAUAACCGCGAGGCAUUACCAUUACCUCCACAAGAACCUUCUGUGUACCCCGAGGCUGACCAUGGAGGAUCCUGCCCGCCAGAAGAUAUUAUUAAAGACGUCGAGAUAAAUGAAGACACGACUUUCGGGCCACAAUCGUUUUACCUGCCACCCGAUUUGCUGGCCAGUUCUUCUUUCACUCAGUCUGUCCCGUUUCCCGAUCAAAUUCCUCUGCCCGAUGAGACACUUGCGUUCAGCAACAAUCCAAAUCCGUAUAACUCUUCGAACGAGAAUGCCGAUAAUAAUAUUAUACCCGAUGGAUUUAUCUGCCCCAAGGACUCAGAUAACAACUCCAAUAAUGAGCUCAAAGAGUCGCCCAAACUCGUCCCCGCCAAUGAUUUUUUCCUGCCACCACCGAAGGAUGAGCAAAAAGAAGAUGAGCCAAAGGACUCGGGGGGGAGCCUAUUUUACGAGCCGCCACGUUUUCCGAGCUUGGACAUACCAUUCUUCAGCUGCGACCUCGUGCCACCUGGUGGCGACACACAUCUGGAGUACAGUCCGCUCGGCCUCCGCCAUGUAAUGGCUUCCUUUCGGAUGUGGGACUCUCCAUCUAGGGAUGAGAAUGGUUGUUUUAGUCCGGAUGCAGUUUUAAAGAGUGCUGCCCGGACUUUUACUGGCACGCCCUCGAUUCUGAAGAAGAGGCACCGGGACUUGGUGUCCCCCUUAUCUGAAAAAAGGGUUGAGAAGAAGCAGGAGCAAUUUUCUUCGGGCUUGGAUGGGAAUUUCUCUCGACUAGAGGCUAUGUUCGAUGAGUGCAUGGGUAAAGAAAAUGUGGGCCCUGAUGGAGUAGAGUGUUUGGAUGAGAGAGUUGAAAAGACUGCAUUAACCGGUGUACGGAAAACGGGUGGGGAGGAUAAUGAUGCACUGGAAACGGCGAACGAGUUUUCUGGAAUCCUUGUUGAGCAGAAUAUGAAUGACAUGACAUUCUUUUCCCCUGAUCGUUUUGGCAAGGCUGAUAGAUCUAUUGAUCUAAUAAGUGCCCGAGCUCUCGGGAAACAAAAUACCAGAAGAAUGGACUCGGGUUUUUCUGUCCUUUGUUCUCCUCGAGUGUGUGCCAAGGACGACGGGACCAAUUUGAUCAUAGCUACAACAUCUCUUCAAUCCACAAGUCCCGGGAAGAAAGUCGAAACUUCGGGCAAAGGCGUAGCUUCCGAAAACAAUAAUGGUGGCAUAUUCAUAGACACACCAUUCAAGAGGAGUAUUGAAUCUCCCUCAGCUUGGAAGUCCCCUUGGUUUCUCAACACUUUUGUUCAAGGCCCCAGAGUCGAUACAGAUAUAACAAUCGAGGACAUUGGCUACUUCCUGAGCCCUGGGGACAGGAGUUAUGAUGCGCUCGGGUUAAUGAAGCAGUUAGGAGAGCAGACUGCCGAAGCAUUUGUCGAUGCCCAGAAUGUUUUGGGAGAAGAAACUCCCGAAACAAUAAUGAAGGGAAAAUGCUUCGUGGACCGAAAAGCAGCAGACAAGGAGAAUCAUUGCAGCCCGAGCUCUAACCGAGAUCUUCCCAUUUCAGCUUCCACUUUUACGGAAAGGCGAACACUCGACUUUAGUGAAUGUGGGACGCCCGGAAAGGAAACCGAGAAGGUGUCGAGCGGAGUAAGUUUCUCGAGUUCGUCUGAGUAUUUGUUGAAAGGUUGCAGGUAG